AUGGGUAGUAUCCAACCCAUAGAUAAGGCAUCUGUCCAUAGGAUCGCAUCAGGUCAAGUCAUUGUUGACCUUCCAUCUGCGGUGAAGGAGAUUGUUGAAAAUUCCAUUGAUGCUGGGGCAACGUCCAUCGAGGUGCGCUUCAAGGAUUAUGGGGUGAAGUCUAUUGAAGUCGUGGACAAUGGCACGGGUAUUUCGCCGAAGGACUACAAUGCUUUAGGUUUGAAGCACUGCACGUCAAAACUCUCUAGAUAUGAGGAUCUCUCGACCAUUGGUUCUUUCGGAUUUCGGGGAGAGGCGCUAUCCUCUCUGUGUGCAGUUUGCGACUCUGUGGUUAUCACCACUGCCACAAGCGCAGAAGCUCCAAUAGGCACCACUCUGGAGUUGGAACGUGAUGGCACACUCAGAAGUUCUGAAGUAAAAAUUGCUCGCCAGAGGGGAACGACAGUAACAGCUUCUGGGCUCUUUGUACCUCUUCCGGUUCGAAGAGCGGAACUCACUAGGAACGUUAAACGGGAGUUCGCCAAAGCCCUUAACCUGCUUCAUUCGUACGCUCUGCUUCCAUGCGUGGUAGAGAAUGAUGGUAUCCGUCUGUCUGUCUCGAACCAGAGCGAAGGAGGAAAGAAAGUGGUCCAGUUUCGAACCAGUGGUUCCCCAGACCUUAACUCGGGCGUGUCCAGCCUCUGGGGGCCAAAAUGCCUUACUGAACUUGUGCCUGUAAACCUAAAUUUCAUCAUAGAGCCCGAAAAGAGCCUUCUGAAACAAACUGACAACAAAGAAAUCGAGGUUUCGGUCAAUGGGUUGAUCUCAAAGUUCUCCCAUGGUUCUGGACGUGCCACCUCGGACAGACAGUUUUUCUACAUAAAUAACCGGCCCACUAAUUCGCCUAAAGUUCAGAAGGUUUUCAAUGAGGUUUAUCAUAGCUUCAAUAUAAACCAGUACCCGUUUGUGCUUGCUAACAUUUCGCUACCAACAAACUCGUACGACGUAAAUGUUUCGCCAGAUAAACGGACCAUCUUCCUCCAUCGUGAAAGCACGUUGUUGACGUCGAUUAAGGUACUGAUUCACGAAAUGAUAUCAUAUUCGGAUCCUGAACCUUGCCCACACUGA